AUGAUUCAUAAAUUAUUUUUAACAAUUUGUAUAAUAGUAAAUCUAAUUUUUUUUGUCCAAUCACAAUGUACAGCCGAUGAUAUUAAAAAUAUUGUUAAUGUGCAUAAUACUAUUAGAAAUGAUGCCGGUAUUACAUUUGGUCCAAAACCACUACAACCUCUACCUCAACUGACUUGGAGCAACACCAUUGCCCAAAAACUUCAAUCUUUUGUCUCUAGUUGUCAAUAUAAUACUGUUCCAGGACCGAAUUUUUCCAACUAUGGUUAUGCUUCCUUUAGAAUUGGUGGUAAAUUUGAUCCAAUAAGAUUGGUUUGGGGUUCUACAACAGAGAUAGGUUGUGGAAAGAUGUCAUGUGAUUCAAUAACAUGGUUACUCUGUGGAUAUAGUCCAAGUGGAGGUAUCGUUGGAAUGAAUCCAUAUCCAUCCAUUUAUGAUAAUCCUUCACAACCAACAAAUACACCACAGCCUACAUCUCGCCCAUCAAAUACUCCACGACCGACAAAUACUCCACAACCAACAAACACUCCAAACCCAACACCAAGUAAAUCUACACCACCAUCACAAUCGGGUCUAAUUGAUGGUGUUUUAUCACUAGUCAAUGGUAUAUUGGAUUGGCGUACAAUUAAUGGUGUGGUUACAUCAAUUAAAGAUCAAGGUCAAUGUGGGGGCUGUUGGUCAUUCACUAGCGCAGCCUCUCUGGAGAGUAACUAUUUAAUUAAUAAUACUGGUUCAUCAAGUGAUUUAGAUCUAUCGGAACAAUAUUUCAUUGAUUGUACAUAUGGAAGAGAUGGUUGUAAUGGUGGAAAUGCAGGUGAUGUAUUUAGAAAGUUCCAGCAAUCAGGUGCUAUCAUGAACAGUGAUGAUCCAUACUCUGGUAGAUAUACAGGUCGUUGUCAGUUCAACACACCGACCAUCAAGUGGACCGGUUUCAAAACUGUUCAACCCAACAAACAAGCAUUCUUAGAUGAACUAAAAUAUGGACCGAUUGCAGUAUCUCUCUAUGCUGACCAGGGAUUCAUGAACUAUAGAAAUGUGAUUAUUGGAUUAUUAAAAACUCAUGGUCACAGAAUUGGGGCCAGUCAGGUUUUAUGA